CAACCCCUCCUCCAUCAGCUGAUGACGGCGUAUAGUGUCAACGCUGAGCCUGGCAGGAAGUGCAUCUUUGCCUCGCUGGAACAUGAGGACACGAAGCUGUUUCAAACAAAACUACUGGGACAUCAAACUAAACUUUUGACGUUGUAGAAAAGUUGGGAAAUGGACAGUUAUCCAAGAGGACAGCCAUGGGGAAAGCUUGUCAAAGUAGACUCCAGUGAAACUGUCCUGCUUUUCAACAGAGAAUGCACCAUUGGCAGAAAAAAAGGAUGUUAUCUGUCCUUCCCAGCCAACAAACUGGUCUCAGGAGAGCACUGCAAGAUAGUGCAAGAUGAAAGCUCAGGGCUGGUGUGGCUCGAAGACAUGAGCACUAAUGGCACAGUGAUCAACAUGUCCAAACUGGUAAAGAAGCAAACUCAUAUGCUGCAGAGCGGUGAUGUCAUCUACUUUGUGUACAGGAAAAGCGAACCGGAACAAAAUGUUGCAUAUGUUUACCACGCAAUCAAAACUGAGCAAGCUAUUGCACAACAUAGUUGUGACACAGAAAGCUCAGCCCACAGUCUCGCUCCUGUUCCACCUUCAGAGAUGUCACUCUCUGUGGAGCCUGUAAUUCUCACAAAGGCUCCUCAUGAUCCGACUCAGGAGGAACCUCAGCCCUCCACCUCCACUUCCCACUUCUGUAUUGGGAGCCCCGUCACUUCUGGUUCUGUGGCAACCACAGCCUGUCCUGCCUCCGGCCAAGUUAAAGAUGCUGCCCCAGCACAUGAAGAAGACGUGGACAACAUGGAACCAAAAAGCAAGAGGAGGAAAACUGAUAAUGAUAAAGAUUAUGAUUUCGACUUGCCACACACCUCCAGUACAGAAGUGGAUGAUUCAACUAAGGGGAGUCUUCUGUCGAAACCGCCAGUGGAAGGGACUAAGACGGACAAGAUGGAGGAGAGCCUGACAUGUGUUAUCUGUCAGGACCUACUGCAUGACUGUGUCAGCUUGCAGCCUUGCAUGCAUGUCUUCUGUGCUGCCUGCUACUCAGGCUGGAUGGAGCGUUCUUCUCUUUGCCCCACCUGCCGCUGUCCUGUGGAGAGGAUUCGUAAGAACCACAUCCUCAACAACCUGGUGGAGGCCUACCUCAUCCAGCACCCAGAGAAGUGCCGCAGUGAGGAGGACCUGAAGAGCAUGGACAGCCGGAACAAGAUAACUCAGGACAUGUUGCAGCCAAAAGUUGAGCGCUCUUUCUCAGAUGAGGAGGGCAGUUCAGAUUAUCUCUUUGAGCUCUCUGACAAUGACAGCGACUCCUCAGACAUCAGUCAGCCUUUAGUGAUCUGCAGACAGUGUCCUGGCUACAGGACGGACGUCAGUCAGGUGCUGUUUGCUACAGGUUCAAACUACUGGCUCCCUGGCCUGCCAGCUCCACCACUUAUAUAUCCCCCACCCAAACCAGCAACUGAGGAGGGAUCUGCAAAGCCCACAGGGGAGCAGCCUUCAACAUCCUCUGACAUCCCCUCAGCUCCUCAGGAGUAUUGCUGCCCCCCUCAGGGCUGCCAUCUCAUCUGCACCUGCUGCCUCCAGCCAAUGCCAGACAGAUGGGCUGAGCUAAACAGCGAGCAGGUCACUGCUCAACAAUGUGUGCUGUGCCAGCGACCAUUCUGUCAUAUGUACUGGGGUUGCCAGAGGAUUGGCUGUCAAGGCUGUCUGGCUCGAUUCAGCGAGCUCAAUCUGACAGACAAAUGCCUGGAUGGUGUGCUCAACAACAAUAACUAUGAAUCAGAGAUCCUUCAGAACUACCUGUCCUCCAGAGGGAAGUCGUGGAGAGAUCUGCUCCAGGAGUCUUUGCAGGCCUUGCAGCAGGGAAACUACUCUCUGUCAGAUCCUCGUAUCUCUGCCGAUGUCAUCCUGUGCUUCUGCUGCGGCCUGCGAGCAUUCAAGGAGCUGGCCUACAAAUACAGACAGAACAUCCUUCCAACUGAACUGCCAGCUACUGUAACAUCACGUCCCGACUGUUACUGGGGACGCAACUGUCGUACGCAGGUGAAGGCACAUCAUGCAGUGAAAUUCAACCAUAUAUGUGAGCAGACGCGUUUCAAGAGCUGAAGGAGCAGAGCGGUUUGUUUCUCCACCGAAGUGUCAAAUGUAGAUACCUGAGCAUCUUGUAGACAUGACCUUGUUAAGUUUUUCUUGUGUCCAUCGUAGCUAACUGCCUUCCAAAUAUUAUGCAAUAACCUAAUGCAGAAAUUACAAUCAGUAUCCAUUUACAGUAGUGACCAGUGUCUUCCCCGACACAGGGCUGUGUGAAAUAAUGCUAUGCACAAUAACAUUAAAGUUCAAUGUUUACUAAGGGUUUAAGCUGCUUUUCAGAGUGAUGACCUGUGAGGGCAUUUAACACCAGGCACCAUCUAAAUUUAGAUCAAUUUUGUCUGUGGCUCAUGCGUUUGUGUGUUCUACCAGGUAAACAACCACCAACUGUUGGGAGUAAUGUAUUUGUUUGUUAAAAAUGCUUCCUGAUAUGUCCUUCAGCCUGUGUGACAAAAAUGUUUUCUCAGAUUAAGAGCGAGUGAGGCAAUCUCUGUGGAUUAAGGCCAUUUAUCUACAAUUGCACAUGUUGGUGAGCAUGUUUGAUAUUAAGUCCUCCUCCAGUCGUGGUAGCUGAGGCUCAGACCACCUAAUGUACAUUUACCUUGUUUAUAUCUUAUUUUAUGUUUAUAUUUUUCAGUCUUAUGACAUGCUGAGAUAAGAAUCCAGGACUUCCUCCAUAAUGCUGAUGAAAAUUAACUAAAUAUCCAACCUUUAAACUUAAUUAUAAAGUGUAAAUGUCUCACCACCUUCCAGAGACUUCUCGUUUUGCCGGGUCAUUGCUAUGUUCCCAGAUUAAGGCAUAAAGCCACAUCAAAACUACACAUAUGUACAAAGGUAGAUUCAUAAUCCCAUGUGAUAUUUGUAGAGGAUUGGAAAGGGGAUCAAUGUUUUGUAACGCUGUCAGAGGGCACGGGGGCCUCUGUUGUAUGCUUUGCUCUGGAUAAUCAUCUCCAAGGUGAUUAACGUAGUGUAGAGGGAGACACUUUCUCCCAGCCUUGUAGUAAGGGAUAAGCUUUGAUGAAAUGCACAGUUACUCCAUGUAAACUCUUGAGAGGAAAAAAAAAGUUUGCACUCCAGGGAACCAGUAAUGGUUAGAUAUGCUGGAGGUGAUGUUUCUGUGGUGGCGUCAGCCCAUAGAGUAGAGUUUUAUAGGAUACACUCGCAGAACCAACAGUUUAGAGAAUCAUGCCAAUAUAGAGGCAGAGUCCCUCCCUCUUCAGGUGUUUGGAAAAAAUAUGUACGGUAGAGAGACAUAUUUUUUUAUCCUGUUUGAAUUGUGCUGUGAAUUACACACAUAUUUGGUAAUUUAAAAGAUAAUUUUGCAAGUCAAGAAAGUUGCAGUUUGUUAUAGCUUUGUUGUAUUACCAUUUAGUUUUCCCACACACAUAUGAUGUUAUCUUACCAGAUGUGUUUAUUCAGUGACUCCUGGUCUUUUUAUCAGCCAGGAGGCGAAAGAAUGAGCAAGACCUGUUGCUUGUGUGAUUACAUCCCGCUGUGAAACCAUGGUUGUAUCAUUAAGUUGGAUUUUAUAAUCGCUUAUCUCGGCUCGAGGAAAGCCUUACAAAUAUAAAACCUCCAUUGAUCAAAAAUUCAUAAUAGAAAGAGUCAUGAGCCUUGUUUACAGUUUAAGAUGUCCUAUCAAACAUUUACUGGUGUGUCUUUUAUGACGGUGGUCCACGGGGAAAAUGCUUUUUUUUGGCAGCAGGGAAUUUUAUUGCUGCAAUACCGCAAGUGGCCACUGGGAAAAACACAGGCAUAGCCUCAGCGAGUGACUGUUAUGACGUUACUUACGCAACUUGUGAAGUCUUUCUAAUUACGUAUUUUCAGUGUUAUAUUUCUUUUUCUUAAUCUUUUAAAGUGUCAUACAUCAUAAGCGUGAUUCAUGGCUCAAUUCAAAUGUGAUAAAAAGAUUAUUUGUCUCUCACUAUUAGUAACUGUACAUAUGUUUUUUAAAAUAAGGUCCCAUGGUGGUCCACCAGAAGGGGAGGAGCUUCGCCUCUUCAUACAAACUCAACAGUAGCUUGUCAUUUAUGUUGUGAUAGAGGUUUAUUCAGACAGUAGAUUUUUCUGUUUGGUUAGAUUUCCUCUGGUUCCUCAGGUACACAAAGCUGCUGUCUUGUUGGUUUAAUUGUAGGUGAACAAUGUUUGGUGGUUAGUAAAAAAAGAAAAAUCAGUGUUAACAUGUCACUGAACAGUCAUGUUGAAUCUAAUGACCUCUCAUUUAUGACUAUCAUCGCCCAAGUGUCAGUUAGUCCCCAUCAUGCAAACAUACACACUUAGUAAUAAUGUCUACUGUAAAAACAGACAAAUCAGCCUUUGUUUUUAGGUUAUUAUUUAGGUUAAUCAAAUGAGUACAUCCGGACAUUAGUUUCAAGAGGCCUUAUUACAUAUUGAAGUCUUGAUAGUCUUGAUUUUUUUUUUUUUUUUUUUUUUGUAUGAUCACUAUUGUUAGUGUGUAGAAAAUGCUGGUGGAGAAUGGGGGAGCGGGCCCUUACUUUGGCCUUGAGUCGAUUUAUGAGAAUACGCACUAAAGAUGUCUAAACUUGUUUGCUAGAUGUGUUUAUAUUGUACAACUAUGAGGAUAUUUGCACAUAACUCAUCUCACACAAAUGUAAAGGCCUCUUUUUAAGUCUAUAAGGGUCUGAUAUGAACCGAACAUCUUUGAAGGGCCAUCUUCAUACAGUGUAUGGCUUACAAUAUCUGAUGUGUAAUCAUAUGAAGAGUUUCAUUCCAAAAUGAUAUGUACAUCAUCAUAAAAAAAGGCAACGUAAAAUGUAACUUCUUCAAAGGAUAUCCUUGAUAGUUUAAUAAAAUGAUGUGCAUUUUGGAUGAUAUAGUAUUAGUAAUAUGGGUUCAGUAUGUGUUGUUUGGGAAUGUAGCGCAUCAUAUUUUUAAGUGUCGGUGGCAAGAUGGGAUUGUGAAUGGACACUUUCCUGGCCUCUGCCUUAGCGCAAUUAAUUUGUGGUGUUAGUUAGAUGCUUUAGGUGUUCCUUUUUUUUUUUUUUUUAAUAACCCCCUGAGUCAUGGUGGGUCCACACUGGCAUUCCUUAGCGGCUCAGGCCCUCAGCACAAGCCCAGUCGAUCCCCCGACAGAGUGGCUGAGUUUUAAUUAUUCCCUACCGGAGAUCUGGGCACCCUAAGCCAACAACAGUCCCAAGCCGCUCCAAUCAGGAAUUGGUAAUAAAGAGGCUUUGGAGGAGUGCUUUGCAGUCUCCCUGGGGUGGGGAGUGGGAGGGCAUGUUGUAUACUAAGGCAAAUAUUUACUCACUAUGUGUGCAAAAGUCUGAACCAGGCUGCUCAGCAGUAUGGAAGAGGCAGGUUUCAUUCUACCUCAUCACAACUCCCAGUGAUAUGGGAGACUGAACAAGCAUCAGUCACAUUCACAUCAGUCCUUACUGAUGCCUGUAAACGUUGUAUGCAAUGCACUAUUUGAACAGUUAGUUUAGACUAUAAUCAACUUCUAGUUUAAUCAUUAUAGAGUAAAACUAGGCACAUUAAAAAAAAAUUGAGGACGUGUUUGACAAAUAUAUUUGAUAAAUGCUUCUUUACCCUGUAUGUUACUCUGUAUGUUGUAUUAGCGAUGCUAAGAUUGUCUUUGAAAUAAAUAAAGAUCUGCCCUCUUAUCUGAACAAAUUAAGACUGAU